CCAGGGCUGAGCACGCCAUUCUGUCUGAGAAGACUUCCAAGGGGUCUAUUUCCGUUACUGAAAUGUUUCAAGAUGAAAUAAAUAAAAAUGGUUAGAAUACAAUAUAACAAAUUCCAGCUUCACUAUUGUAUUUACAAACUAGCUGCUUUCCCUCUUUCAGCGCUGUCCACGGGUUGUACGGUGGCGUCCACCCCCAAAGCUUCGCGGGUGCCCCCCAAACCAAGCUAGCAUUCUUAGCGCUGCAACUACCACCCACGACUCGCUGGGUCAACUGUGGCCCCCCCAAAAAGUUAAACCCAAACUUGGGCUUGCCUGCAAAAGCAACAGCUUCUUUCGACUUCUCAAACUGUCGCCUCUUUUCUCUUCCUUCAUCCCCGCGAAAGCUUCCUUUUCGGUCUCCGCCUAUCAAUCACGUUUGCUUUACCGUCAGCGAAUUUUAUUCCGACUUUGCUCUCUAUAAACGCUGCGCCCAUCUCUAGCUUUUGCUUUGGUACCGUUGCUGCUAUCAGCCAACAAAAUCCGCGAACUAGGUCGGCAUCUCGGCGUAAUCGCACGUACCUCCAUUUAUCCCCGCCGCGCCUACCGUAGUUGCACACCAAAUCCGGCCCUUCUUCGCAGGAUCCGCUCUCCUCCGAGUCGCCCCACGACGUCAUCCUCCUGCGUAAAGCCACCUUCCGCUUGCCGUUGUCAAACACAAUUCGCGCUUCUCGCACUCAGAGCAGUGUCCUGUUCGCUGUUAUUUCUGAUACUGAACAUUAUUCACCAUUCGCUGAGAAUCACGCCGUGACGAGAGACACACAAUCACGCGACGCGAAAACAACUGCGAAAUAUUCAACUAACGCCCAGACGACCUCGCCCUUGUGACGAAGCUGUGACCAGACACCACAGUUCGCAGCACAUGCAGGGUUUUCCAUUGUAUCGUCCGAAGUGAUACUGCAUCAAAUACUUCGGUACAUUCGCUUCUUUAGACCAUUUUUUACACGCUUGCGCACACUCCGUAAAGGGACUCUUGUUUGAGCCCGUCGGCAGGUCCAGCAAGAACCAAAAAUUUCUCAUCAGCUGUCCAUAGCCUUCCAAGAUGGGUAACCAAGGCUCCAAGCCUGACAGUGGCUCGGGAGAUGGCCCCUUGCAGUCAUAUCCCUCUUUCAGCCGAUCCGAUACCAAAGACUCUUCUCGAUCAUUCCGAGCACUACGAUCAAAGAUCCCCGGUGCCUCUGGCAAAUCAGACAGCCCAGUCAACGGAAGCUCCGAUUCUGCCCUCGACAGCCCGAGCCGCCCCAAAGGCCACCACCGAUCCAGCAGCUCUAAGGGCAGUCGCGAUAUCCAAGGCCUUAAACAAACGCCAACAGAUUUGUCGAACUUGUCCAACGGACCCGACUCGCCGUUUACCGAAGACCUUCCGCCUCCUUCCCCAGUUCAGUCGAGCUCCCUCAAAAAUGGAAUUCACGAUGUGAGCGCCGCACAGGCUUCAGGAGAGGUUGAUCAUGUUUCUGAUCAGCCGCCAUCAGCUGCGGCAGCCAGUGCCAACACACACUUGAUGGCACCAGGCGACUCUAUUCUGGUCAAGCGCGAAACCACCAUCAACCCCGUUCAAAAGGUCCCGUCAGCAGAGGCAGCCAAAGCAGAAGCCACUGCCAACAUGGCAAUGGCCGAAAUCAAGGAGAUGGAUUUGGACGACUACAUCACCAGGUUGCUCGAUGCAGGAUACGCCGGCAAAGUCACCAAGAGCGUGUGCCUGAAGAAUGCGGAGAUUGUUGCUAUUUGUCAGAGAGCCAGAGAGGUAUUUCUAUCUCAACCUGCACUUCUUGAGCUCGAUGCACCUGUCAAGAUUGUUGGUGACGUUCACGGCCAGUACACCGACUUGAUUCGCAUGUUUGAGAUGUGUGGCUUCCCUCCCAAGGCCAAUUAUCUCUUCCUAGGAGAUUAUGUCGACCGUGGCAAGCAGUCUCUCGAAACCAUCUUGCUCCUGCUGUGCUACAAGCUCAAAUUCCCGGAAAACUUCUUUCUCUUGCGAGGCAAUCACGAGUGUGCCAAUGUCACACGAGUCUACGGCUUUUACGACGAAUGCAAGCGUCGCUGCAAUGUCAAAAUUUGGAAGACUUUUAUCGACUGCUUCAACACUCUUCCGAUUUCUGCAAUUGUCGCCGGAAAGAUCUUCUGCGUUCAUGGAGGACUCUCACCAGCUCUCCGCCACAUGGACGACAUUCGCAACAUUGCCCGACCAACCGAUGUUCCCGACUACGGCCUCUUGAACGAUCUUCUUUGGUCUGACCCGGCUGACAUGGAACAAGACUGGGAACCAAAUGAAAGAGGCGUAAGCUACUGCUUUGGUAAAAAUGUCAUUACAGAUUUCUUGGCCGUACACGACUUUGAUCUGAUUUGCCGAGCCCAUAUGGUUGUCGAAGACGGCUACGAGUUUUUCAACGACCGAGUUUUGGUUACCGUCUUCAGCGCGCCAAAUUACUGCGGCGAGUUUGACAACUGGGGAGCUGUCAUGUCAGUAUCUUCGGCGCUACUCUGCAGCUUUGAGCUAUUGAAGCCCCUGGACUCGAGUGCUUUGAAGAGCCAUAUCAAGAAGGGAAGAAAUAAACGACAGCACAUGCUGAACAGUCCGCCUGCGAGUGUGCUGCCACAAAGUGUUUAAUACUACGAUCGAGCGACAUGAUUUUAUCUUGAUUUUAUUUUGAGCCUUGCGAAAAGGAACUGUUGAAGGAUUCGAUUGCCAAGCGAUGAUACGAAUAGGCUAAUAAGAUGUACGAGCUGCAAUGCCUUUCGCCGAUGAUAAAGGUCUUUUGGAUGCGGGAAGUUUAUGAGCCAUGCGGGCAUGGAUCGGAUGGGGCAACUAAGGGGAGGCUUACCUGAGCCGAAAAGCUUGGAUUAUUAACCGCUUUUGCUUUUCACUUUCAAAACUGCUUGCUGCUGUUGUUCCAUAACGCAGCAGUGUUAUCAUACGAUUGGAAAGAUGUAGCUGUACAGUAGAGCGUGGGCUGGUGUAUAUUCGCGUUCAAAUCUUUACAAGGCCGUUUACGCACAUGACGAGGAUAUUGCCUUAGCAUUCAAGUAUUUAUGAUAUAGGAUACCACACAAAAAUAAAAAAAUAUCGCAUCAUUGUCUUUACGUUCAGAUGUACGAAUACAGUGGGUAAGCAACAGUUACAGGUAGACUCAUUUUUAGUCACUCUUUCAAGUAUUCUUUGAUAUAUAUUAUAAAUUACCUUUUCUAUCAAUCUUUGUACAAGAUUGUGUGUAUUGUAAAUACUUUAUAUAUAUCGAAUUUUUUUAAGGUGACUAUUACAUAUAAAGUUUGUGUAAAUAUAUAUUUGGAAUGCGUUUGUUCUACCUACUGUAGCUGGGCAGGGCGACUUUGGCGAUGAAGACUGCUU